CUCUCACUGAUUAUAAUUCUUCACAAAUCCUGUCAUCAUCUCCAUUCAUCCAUCCAUCGUCUGUCCGCUUGUUUAAUGAUGCCCUCAGUGUUCGAUUUUCCAUCAUCAUGAAUCAGACUUUUGGUCCACCUACAUAUCGAUCUCAGCCCUUAUCCUCCCCAUCUUCGAUUUGCUCAAAUGAUAGUCAAGAUCAAUCCGAUAAAUCUGACAUUGAGUCAACAGACGAAGACGACUUGACGGUCGUAGACACCUUAUCUCACGUCACCAGACCUAGCCCAAGUCCACCUCAAUGGAACAAGUUCCCGCCUAAGGGCACGACAAGUAAGGCUGGAGCCAGUCGGCCCACCUUCUCCAAGCGUCGCCUAGCCUUCUUUCGUUUACAGGCCCGCUACCCCCGCGUUUCCGCCUUGCUCUCACGCAAUGGACUUGAUGUCAAUCAGCGACUUAUUGUCGGUGAUUUUGUCACAACACACAAAAACCUUGUGGGUGACCAACUGACUGAGAUCUACGGUGAUACUACUAGCCCACCACCGUCCAUCCUCGAUCUUGUGCCUUCCUCAUGGAAAACUUCACAACUGCCGGAGGAAUUGUUGGAAGUUGGUGCUCGGUUUCGCCAGAGCGACCGCCCCGAGCUAACCACCAGCCCCCGAGACUCAAAGCCGACGAAAUGCAAUGACCGUCCUCUUCACUGGGUUUACGACCAAAGCCAAACACUUGCACAUAUCAAGGAAUGUGGAGAUACUCGAGAUCUAGCAACUCCGCAGGUGCCCCACGGUCAGUACCCGCUGCCUCCCAGAGCGUCAGUCCUAGCUCCCUCCCCUAGAACAUCUGCAUUUGCCUCACUGGCUGCCACUCCAGCACCAUCUACCCAGCCGUUGACAGCCUCGCAUUCGACAUUUACUCGGGGCCAAACUCCUGUCACCACACUUCACUCAGUCCCAGGAACUUAUAUACCCAAGCUGUUCUGGACAUGUCCAUGGUACCAGAAGGAUCCUAUUGGGCAUCACAAUUGCCGCUCUUAUAAAGCUAAGAGGAUUGACUCUGUUUUGAGACAUCACGCCAACGAAAAACAUGCAGAUGAUCUUACCCCCGAGAUUAAAUCACGCAUCAACGCAAUCGGCAGACAGCCCUCGGCCGAGGCUAGAUGGAACGCUAUUUACAUGGCCAUUCAUGGGGACGAUCCUGCGAAUGUCCCCUCAGGCUACUGGACGGAAUCGACACAAGACCUCGAAGUGAAAGAAGUCGUCAAUAGAAAUCUAGAAUCAGCCAGGGUCAGCGGGCUGGGCCCGCAACAGUUUGUGCACGAAAUGCAAGAGCUGGCUUUCAAGGAGUGGCAAGAGAACAAUGCAACAAUAUAUGCAAGGUAUGCACGGAUGCUGCACAUAGCUUGCACUGUAGCACCUUUGUUGGUCAAUGGGGGACACAACACACACCCCGGACCGAUCCCGUCAUCUGAGUCUGUCAUCGAUUUCAAUUUGGGACCAUACAUGGUCCCAAAUUCGAACGUCGCGAAUGGGGUUCCAUAUGGUUGGCGCGCAUCAUCCUCAUCCAUGGAACAAGCGGUCCCUUCCCUUAAUGACAUACAGGAACCGUUCUUCGAGCCUUUUCAUCAAGACAACACGGUCUGGCCACCGGUGAAUUAUUCUUACAAUCCAUUCUCGCUUACAUCUCCCCAGCUUGGUCAAUCAGUCCCGUCCUAUAUUCCUCCUGCUGAGGUCCAGCUCUCAGACACCAAUACCUUAGGAUCCUUAAAUGUGACACCACCAUCCACACAUAGAUCUGAUUCAUCAGGUGAUCCUAAGGCUCCAUCUCCCGAUUCUGGUUAUGUCUCUGAGCCCAAUUUUGGUUAA